CAAAUAUGAAUCUCAAGCUUUGGCAUAUUUAUAUUCUAAAGGAGCAUGUAAAAAUUUAGUUAGAUAUUUUACUUCAUGACAAGAAGGAAAUAUGUUAUAUAUGUUAAUGGAGUAUUGUGAUUAUAGUGUUAAUUCAAGAUAAGAUAAUGAGAAAUUUGAAAUAAAAAAAUACUUAAAGAUAUAACUAAUGGAUUGAUUUUCUUGCAUGAAUAAUAAAUAACACAUCUUGAUAUUAAACCAGAAAAUAUUCUAUAUAGUAAGAAAGAUUGUUAAUAUAAAUUGGCUGAUUUAGGUUUAUCAAAGAAAAUAUAAUAACGCCAAGAAGAUGUGAGAGUUGGAGACUUUAGAUAUAUUGCCAAAAAAUUACUUAAUUAAACA